UAUUAAUAAAAACUAUUUUCUUUUCAGAUUACAAUAAUAUGAGCAAGUUUUUAAAUCGUAUACUUGGUAUGGAGGUUCAUUUGCAAAACAGACUUUUCAAAUAUUUUACGGACACAUUAGAAGCUGUUAUUCAGCAUGCCAAAAAAACAGGACGAUGGGAUAUGGGCAUUUUAGAUCUUGGACUGGGAGGAAAUCAAGUUAAACGUAUUAAAUGCAAUGUAUUUGUCAGGAAACAUGCAACUGGAACAGCUAAUAUUGAAUUACAUACAGUAAGUGUUGAAAGAGGAAUGUGUUGGGAUGCUGUAAUGGAUAUAUGGAAGGAAUUAACUGAUAGUAAUGAAGGCUUUUAUUUAUCAAUUCAGACUCGUAAUAACAAGAAGACGGCAGUUUUAGCAGUUGAAGAUUCUGCCAGACGAGUCAAAGACAAACGUGAGAGAGACAAGUUAUAUAGAAUAUACAGGCCUAACACUGGUUUACAAGCAAAACAAGAAACACUCGCAGACUUAAAAUCAAAGUAUCGAAAAGCAACUCCAGACACAGCUCAAAAAUACUGGAAUGACCAAUAUGAUGCUUCAUCAACAGUUUGUAGUCAUGUAUUUUGGUAUGUAAUAAUUUAAAUUGUGAUUAUAUUA